GUGGUCCUGCAUUAACUAUGUUCAAGUCGUCAACAAGAUAAAUAACAGAUCAAAAGGUUGUAGUUAACAGUUCACCAAGAUGAAGUGCCUUGUGAUCUUGACGAUAACUGCUCUCCUUCAAGCCUCCUUAGUGGCCAGUUCAUCACCUGCUGAAGGAGUAGCGGAUGCAAAAGCAAGUGCAAAUGCAGGCGCUGAAGCAAAAGGUGAGAGUGGAGGCUUUGGAUCGGCAAUCAGCGGACUUCUUUCGAAAAUCGGUAUAAAUCUCGGUGGCUCUUCUGACGCUGGAGCCAAAGCUGGCGCCGAAGGUGACAAAGCAGGAGUAGAGGCUGGAGCUUCCGGAGCUGCUGAAGCAGCAGGGUCAGGUCCUGAAGGCAAAGCUGCAGCUCAGUCCGAAGCAGGAGCUUCUUCAGGAAUCGAAGGUUCAGCUGGAUCAGCGGGAGCCAAGAGUGAGGUAGGAGUCAAAGGAGAAGAAACCGAAGCGGCCGCCAAAGCUGGAGCCUCAGCCAAAACAGCCAAGUCACGAUUUUACGGAGGAAGAGCAUCAUCUCAGUCUGGAGCCAUGGCCGGAGGUUAUGGAGGUUAUGGAGGUUACGGAGGUUAUGGAAGUGGUGGAUUAGCUGCUGCUUCUUCCAACGCCAACGCUGGAUAUGGCGGAUAUCGAGGUGGUUAUGGUGGAUAUGGUGGAUAUGGUGGAGCUGCAGCUUCCAGUGGUGCAAUGGCGGGAGGAUAUGGUUACUAAAUUACUUUAUGAUCACGUUUUAUAAUUAAAUAAAUAUUUGAAAGAAUGUUUUUUUU